GAGGAACAGAGGAGAGGAGCAGAGAAACUCUUCAAGGAGAGGUGUCGACGCGUUAAUUGUUUCCUGCAUGACGCGACAGGAUGACCACACCACAAAACAGAGAGCGGCCGAUUGUGCUGGUGAUUGAUUUCCACCAUGCCAGAGGGCCCGAAAUCGAAUUCUGCAUCGCGGACGAUGGUGUCGAUCCUACUGCGGGGAAUGACUGGUCUCUUCUUCCCUUCAUGGCGUUGUCGGAUGGAGCGCAUGCAUCGACGGAAGAUUUCUCCUACUUCACGCUCUGCCGAACGGAAACCUCCGCCUCGCCCGCUACCUCCCUCUUCGGCAUCUCGUGCUCGCGCCAGAUCGAUUCAAGCCGAUUACUCUAUCGCCCGCCGGAUGUGACCCGCUCGACGGUGCAGAAGGCUGUGGUUGUUGUGACGGAUAAUCCGACGAGUUUGGGACAGCUGCGUGAGAAGCUGUCUGUCGUCACGUCGGCUUGGUUUGCGCAGCGUGACUUCUCCGAUUUUGAUAUUCUCAAGAAAUUCCGCGAGGGUCUUGUCAUCAACUUCUUGAACGAAACGGACAGGUUGACCGAUAGCCGGCUCGGCCUUUCGCUCCGGGAGAUGAUCCAUGAGUACAAAUAUCAGACGCUGGUAUUGUUCAAAAGUCUGCUGUUGCAGCCAAAGAUGCUCUUUUUCGGCUCUCGUUGCGAACGUCUAUGCCUGAUCCAAUUCUCGUUGAUCUCGUUGAUCCCCGGUCUCAUCAAUAAUAUGCAAGACUGCGCAGAUCCCGCAUUUGAUAGCUAUGCGCAGACCGUUGAAAGACCUACUUCGCUGAAAACGAGUGAACGGAGUUCCUUGCUUGCAUACAUGGGCCUACCUUUACAAAUCUUCGGCAAGGGCAGCAUGUUUGGCCCCUACACUCCCCUCCAGCAGUUGGAUUUGCUGGCAGACUAUGGAACCAAGUCGUACGUGGUGGGAUCCACGAAUUCGCUCCUCCUUCAGCAAAAGGAUCGGUACAGCGACAUCCUCAUUAAUCUUGACGAAGACUCUGUUGUGAUCAGCUCCCCCUCCUUGCGAACUGCUCUGACGCUGUCACCUGCAGAUCGGCGCUGGAUCGACUUUCUGACGCAGAUCAUCAACGAGACGUGGGAUGACGCCCACCCAGAACAGCCCAAGACGCAUGGAUAUAUGGGAUCAGAGGAGUUUAUCAGACUUCAGUUCGAAGAGUACCUGCUGGCCUUGCUCUCGUCUAUGAAGUACCACGAGGAACUCAACUCUUCCAACACCAGGAGCAGAACACAAUUACAGACGUUUAACAUCGAGGGCGACCCCGCAUUGGAGUUCAACCCGGAAUUUCUGGCAUUAUGGCAAACUACAUCCAAUUAUGCGCUCUUCAAAAGCCUGACGACCGACUCGCUGCUCUUCUCGAUCGUUGAGCCCCGUCACCCCUGCGCAGGAGGGUUGACAAUCGACGAUAUCCAACGGCGGCUGUCGCAGCAAGUCGCGGAGCUGCACCUCGAUGACCGCGUCCGGGAAGGUCGUGAAGCUCUCAACAAACACUUGGCCAUAGGCCAGAAGAAAGUGUCUGCCGCGUUCAACAGCUUCUGGUCGGACAUAGAAGCGAUGCGCGAAGCCCAACGGAAACGCAACGAGGAAAAGGCCCUCCACUCCCAACAACCUUCGACCACAAGCGCGCCGGGUCUACCACCCUCCUCCGCUGAACCUGCAACUUCCACGUCAGCCGGCAUCUCCGGCUCGACGGCACCAUCCUGGUUUGCAAACCGCAAGGCCCCCUCUGUAGACAUGACACAGGCACAAGCAUCCGUCAACGCGGUUGGCCAGAAGGCUGGCGCAUAUUUCAGCUCGUGGAGCUCAUGGGCAAGCGACAAGCGCAAGGAAUGGCAGCAGGAAAAGGAUAACAAGAAACAACAACCGUCGUCUGCUGCCUCAUCUGUCCCGGCGGAUGCAUCGUCGACACCGUCUCUUUCGGUCAACAGCCCACUGCCCAUCGUGACGGAGUUGACUACUACUACUACUACUACUACUACUACUACUGACCAUCCUGACCGUGGACGCCGGCAGUCCAUGCAGCACCGGCGCGAGGGUUCUCUCGGCAUCUCCCGAAGCCAAAGCAGGCGGAAGAGAUGGAGCAGCCUCCUUCGCCGACGCGAGAGCGAAGACUUUGGAGCCUCCUAUCGGGCAAUAGGGGACGAUGCCGACCCUCCUUUUCCGAAAUCCCCCUUGUCUAAAUCGGAGAUCUUUUUCCCCGCGAGCAACGACACCUCCGAGCCGCACAACGAAGCCAAUCGAGCAGCGCCGGGUGGUGGCCCAUCCAUCAACGCUGAUCUCGAUACAGAAGACUGUGAUGCAAAGCACCCCCCCGUCAAGAUAGAAACCGAGUCCACACCGCCGCGAGAAGACGCGAGUCUAGAAAAACGCACAUCAGAUGAGACCACGCCUGAAAUAAUGAAUGGUUGAGGAGGCAGCCUUACACAUAGCCAUAUACAAGACGUCUGUCUAUUCUCUACAUUGUUGCUAGGUCCUUGUCAGGCCUGGCAAAAUCACUUGACAUAUUAACCUGAUUAUACCCAAGGCAACAUGCAUGCAUUAUACUAUACCUGGCUAUAUCCUUGCUACUGCACAUACUACAUAUAUAAUCCGCAUAUAAAUCGAACCUAAUGGCUUCAUCCGAUGUAUAAUAAUAUCAUCUUUCAUUCUUUUUUCUUUUUUCUUUUUUCUAUUGGAC